UAGGGACAGUAAAGGGGGUAAGGAGACGCUUUUAAUGUCUCUACCCCCUGACUUAAUUGAGUUUAAGAAGGGCAUUGAUUUACGCUUAGAGCAAUUUAAAGACAACUGCGGGCGCUGCGAGAGGCUUCAGCGUCGGCUGCAGCGGGAGAUAGACAAGGGGCCCCCAUUAGGGGGGGGCCCCCUAGGAGGGUGGCCCAGGGGCCCCUCUUCCUCUCCUGAAGCUAUUGCUGCUAACUGUCUCCUUUUAAAACGCGUAAGAGAUCAAAGGAGACUUAUUGCUAUGCUUCAGAGGGAUCUCGAUGAAAGGUUAUAUGAACAGUCUCUAAUGGAAGUACACCUGAAGAAGCUAAGACAAGCAGCAGACCACUUGCCUCUCUUGAAUGGGGAGGAGACGAUCCCAGGGAGGGGGCCCCCAGGUGUGGGGCCCCCCGAGGGGCCCCCCUCUCUACACCAAAGAAAAACUAAAGUACCUGAGUUUAAAACUAACUGGCUGCAGCAGAUACGCUUCCCUCUUGUUUCUAUCCCUAGGGUCCCCAUCAAAGGGCCCCCCAUACCCCCUGCAACUGUCUCCCCAAAGAAGAAGCCAGCAGCAGCAGCAGCAGCAGCAGCAGCAGCAGCAGCGCCAGCAGCAGCAGCAGGCACAGGGGAGCUCUCCAGGAAGCCCAGUAGGAUAGAGAGGAAGCCGAGUAAAGCAGCAACAGCAGCAGCAGCAGAAGCCCUUGGGGGGGCCCCUGCUGCUGCACCUGCAGCAGAAGAAGGGCUGCUGCCUCGUGUCUUCAGGUCAAUCUGGGCACCCCAAGAAUCAGCAGCAGCAGCAGAACCAGCAGCAGCAGCAGCACCCAAGCGCAGCAGCACGAGCGUGCUGCAGCGAUUUGUAUCGGGGCCCCUUAGUUUAGUUGUUUCUGGGGAAGGAGACAAAGGAGACAAGAAGGACAAAGGAGACAGAGAUAAGGCUCCUCUGUCUCCUCGCCUUUCAAGGUCUUCAAUAAGCAGAGGAGACAGCAGGGCCUCUCUAACAAGGGGCCCCUCCCGUACCCUACUGUCUCCUAGGGGGCCCCCCCAGGAGACACUUCGUCGCCAGAGCUCUAGAACACUUGUGUCUCCUCGAAAGCAGCUGGAGACCCUUUCUGCUGAAGAGGGGCCCCCCGCUGUAGGGGCCCCCCAGGCAGAUAGGGGGCCCCCCCGCUCCCCCCGUUUGAUGAGAAGAGACACUUCGGAGACAGUAGCAGCAGGUGAACACGGGGCCUUCUCUAGACAGGUCUCCAGGACGCUACAGUCUCCACGCGCUACUGCUGCUGCUGCUGCUGUUGCUGCUCCCCCUACUGCAACAGCAGCAGCAGGAGCAUCACCAGUAGCAAAGGGGGGGCUAGUCAGAAAGGAGACACGCACUCUGCUGUCUCCCCGAGAUGCUAUUACGAUGCAGCGCUCGGGCUCCCGUACCCUCCUGUCUCCUCGCCAGUUAGAGGAAGGGGGGCCCCCUGGGGGCCCCCAGGGGGGCCCCCCUGCGAGGAGCCCCAGCAGGAAGGCCUCUGUUCUCUCUCGAAAGGAGAGUGCAGCCUUUCUGUCUUAA